UCCGAGGCUGCCUGGCCCCGGAGACCCGAGCGCCCAGGCCACGCUGGAGAGAUGCGCCUGGGUUGGUGGCUGUAUCCUCCACCACCUCCCUCUUUGUUUUGAUGUGUGUCCUAUCCCCCAGAAACUGCAGCACACAACGCCCACGGGCUGGAUCCUGUGUCUUAGGAGCACCUAUGAAGCCUCGCUCCAUCUCUACUCGUAUCUGGGGCACCGAGAGAGCCGUGAGCCAGGCUUACCUCUUUCCUCGCCUUAGGAGAACCGGACCAACUUCACCCAAAGGCCCUGGUGAAUUGGCCCGGCUUAAUAAAGACUGACCUGCCCCCACUCGCCGCCCACCAACCAACCCAGUUGCGUGCAUUCAAUUCCUGCGUUUGCCUCUCGCUCCGUCGGUAACGGGCUGGAGAGGAUGGGUGGAGGGUGACAACGCGGAUCGCUGGGAGGUUAUUUAUUUUCCCUUCCACUCAAUCCCUUCCUCCCCAAAUCUCGCCUGCAACCUGCCUCCAGCCCGCGGGGGUCGGCAGCGGCCCUUGAGCCCCCAGCCCCAAUCCACAGGGCUCGGCUUUCCCAUUCAUUAUUGAUCAUAUUUUAUAAAUCCAACGCCACACAAUUUUUUCCACAUUACCGGGAGCCGUGGGGAGGCUGCCCGGCCAUUGGCGGAGGGGACGUCACGUGGGCGGGGGUCACGUGGUCUGGAGAGGAAAAAGGGGGUCCUUUUUGGUGUAAAUCUGGACUCUAAUUCUGUAAUAUAUCAAGGAAUCUCGUAAAACCGACACUAAAACGUCCCUGCCUACAAAUCAUCCGGCCAAAUUAUGAGUUCAUUGUAUUAUGCGAAUGCUUUAUUUUCUAAAUAUCCAGCCGCAAGUUCGGUUUUCGCUACCGGAGCCUUCCCCGAACAAACUUCUUGUGCGUUUGCUUCCAACCCCCAGCGCCCAGGCUAUGGAGCGGGUUCGGGCGCUUCCUUCGCCGCCUCGAUGCAGGGCUUGUACCCCGGCGGGGGGGGCAUGGCGGGCCAGAGCGCUGCUGGCGUCUACGCGGCCGGCUACGGGCUCGAGCCGAGUUCCUUCAACAUGCACUGCGCACCCUUUGAGCAGAACCUCUCCGGGGUGUGUCCCGGCGACUCCGCCAAGGCGGCAGGCGCCAAGGAGCAGAGGGACUCGGACUUGGCGGCCGAGAGUAACUUCCGGAUCUACCCCUGGAUGCGAAGCUCAGGAACCGACCGCAAGCGAGGCCGCCAGACCUAUACCCGUUACCAGACCCUGGAGCUGGAGAAGGAAUUUCACUACAACCGCUACCUGACGCGACGGCGGCGCAUAGAGAUCGCGCACGCGCUCUGCCUCACGGAAAGACAGAUCAAGAUUUGGUUUCAGAACCGGCGCAUGAAGUGGAAAAAGGAGAACAAGACCGCAGGCCCGGGGAACACUGGCCAGGACAAAGCCGAAGCAGAGGAGGAAGAGGAAGAGUGAGGGACAGAGAAAGGCAGAGGAAGAGCGAGAUGAGAAAGGGAGAGAGGGAGAAGCCCGGCUCUGGGAACUGAACCAGGAAACUCAAAUAAGGAAGAAAACACUAUUUAAAUGAAAGCAGUUAAAAAGUUUUUAAGGAGAGAGAAAGGUGAAAUUUUGGUUUCUCAACACUGAAAAAAAAAUACUACCUAUAGGAAAGCCUGUCGGGUUUGUUUUUGUACAAUAUGAGAAGGACAUUAUCUAUCUUGUUCUGUAGCUUUCUGGAAUUUGCCUCCCCUUUUCUAUGUUGCUGUUGUAAGGUCUUUGUAAAAUCUUGCUGUUUUGUAAGCCCCUUUUGAUGCUGUCUUUGUGGACUGUGGACUUUCUGGACUAGUGCCUGUGGUUCCCCACCCUGCUGAGCCUCUGCCUUCCCAGUAGCGGCACCAAAGGGGCCUUAGGGAGCCCCAGGGACCUACUGACUAGGGUGUUCCCCCAGCGAUUAGGGUGUCCCCCCAGCAUCUGCCCACUGCUCCGUGCUCCUGCCAGCUCCCCACCGCACCCUAGGCUCCUCUUUACAAUCUAUGUGUAUGUAAAGGAUGGAAAAAUAAAACGCAAUUAAAAAUAAA